GCCGCAGGACGGAGCCGGAGCCGCAGCCGCCAUUAGACAAUAGGCUCCGGCGGCGGGGCGGCGGGAGCGGCGCGGGGCGAGCGGCGCGGCCGGGGCGGGGCGGCCGCGGGGCCGGGGCGGCCGGGCCCGGCGCGGACAAAGGCGGCGGCGGCGGCGCGGGGAACCGCGGCGGGGGUGGCGGCAGCAGCAGCAGCAGGGCCGCUCCGUGCGGGGGCCGAGCCGCAGCCUGACAUGAUGUUUCCACAAAGCCGGCACUCGGGCUCCUCUCACCUGCCGCAGCAGCUGAAGUUCACGACCUCCGACUCCUGCGACCGCAUCAAGGACGAGUUCCAGCUGCUGCAGGCCCAGUACCACAGCUUGAAGUUGGAAUGUGACAAACUAGCCAGCGAGAAGUCGGAGAUGCAGCGUCACUACGUCAUGUAUUACGAGAUGUCCUACGGGCUGAAUAUUGAAAUGCACAAACAGGCUGAAAUCGUCAAGAGGCUAAAUGGGAUUUGUGCGCAGGUUCUGCCCUACCUUUCACAAGAGCAUCAGCAGCAAGUCCUGGGAGCCAUUGAACGAGCCAAGCAGGUUACGGCGCCAGAACUGAACUCCAUCAUCCGUCAGCUUCAAGCUCACCAGCUGUCGCAGCUCCAAGCGCUCGCUCUGCCUCUGACUCCGCUGCCCGUGGGGCUGCAGCCGCCGUCCCUCCCCGCCGUCAGCACCGGCACCGGGCUGCUCUCGCUCUCGGCCUUGGGCUCCCAGGCUCACCUCUCCAAGGAGGACAAGAACGGCCACGACGGGGACGCCCACCAGGACGAUGACGGGGAGAAAUCCGAUUAGAGCGGACGGGGGGCCGGGGGGAGGGGGCUGCGGGGGGUGGGGGGGUUAACGCAAGAUGCAGUAUCUCUCUCUCUAGUUGCUGUGCAGCAGAAUGGUGGGGGCUCGUGCUUGGUGGGUCUCCUGCCCCACCGCCAUCCCCGUGGACGGGCUGCUCCGCAGCAACGCGAGCGCCGUGGCAGUAACCGUGUGGCCGAUCGUGCUCCCCCGUGCCCAGCCUGGCUCCCCCGUCCCUGCUCCAUCGCGGAGCCGAGCCCCAGCCCGGCUGUCCCGGUGCCGCGUGGCUCCCGCCGCUCCCCACUUGGUAUUUAAAGACGCCCCUCGAUCCUGACGGUUUCUGCACAACUUCCUGCUGGGAUCCCUGCCCUGAAACCACCUCCUCCCUCCCCAAGCGCUCUCGAGCUCAUCGCAUCGCCCCGUCCCGGUCCCGUCCCCCCGCGCCCCUCCUGCACUAAUACCAGGCCGGCACCUUGCUGUUCUGCAUGUAUCUGUUCGCACCCAGUCCCGCGGCUGCCGGGCGGCUCCUCGGGCUGGAGGGGGAGCCCCCGCCACCCGCUCCCCUUCGGCAUCGCACCCGGCUCGGGGGGCAGAGGGGCAGGGGUCCGAGAGCCUGUCCUGGACCCCCUCCCCGCGCCUCCGCCCCCGUGUAGAGGAUACAGCAGCUUUCUCUGUUCUUAUCUCCGUGCGCUAGCGUGUCUUCUAAAAAAAGAAAAAAGGAACAAAAAAGAAUAAAAUUAAAUAAUAAUCUGGUGUUUGUAUAUAGUCCUUUAGAAAGAUCUUGUUUUGCUUUUUGUGUUUAAUCACUUGACCUAUAAUAAGAGGAACUGAAAAUGCUGUAUCAAGGACGUACAAGCUGUGCCUUUCAAAUAAAGAAAUAAGAAGGUUGGUUAAA